AUGCAAAUUUGGCCUAUGGGUGAUGAUGCUGUGGCAACGCAGGCCCACUCAUCACAACAAAUGUGUCACUCCGUGCAGGAUAUUGACAGUGCGGGAGGCUGCGACACGUCUCUAAAUGACAUCAAAAACUUCAGUGAAGGAUGCGUGAAGCCUCCAACUAUGAUCGGUCAAUUUCAUACCUGUUUCUUGGGGUCCAUCCAAAUGUCCCUUCUUCGGGUGCUAGGCUCUGUGGUCUGUGGAAAUGAGGCGUUGCACUUCAGCUGUGAUCCCGACAAGAGGGAGACGAACCGCUUCUGCUACAACCAGUUCAGGCCAAUCACUCCACGAGCAGGGUUUCCUGUGUUCUGGGCUUUACAACUAGUGGUUGUCCUGGUCCCUGGUGCUACUUUCCAUCUUCACGCUGCAUGUAACAGCAAUCAAGAACACCUUAUUCAAAAGCCCAUCUACACUGAUUUAUAUCCCACUGUUUUAGUAAGAAUUAGUCUAGAGGUGAUAUCAGUUUGGCUUCAGAUUCACCUCUUUGGUUUCCAAAUCAAACCUCUCUAACUAUGUGAUACUGGAUCUCCUGGGAAAAAACUGACUAUUAUAAAAUGCAUGGGGCCAGAACACUUUGAGAAGACCAGUUUUCUCAUUGUAAUGUAUAUAUUUACUGUAAUUACAAUGAUAGUAUGUGUUACUGAGGUUCUUGAGAUCAUAUUUAGAUUAUGCUUUCUAAUUAAGCAGUGA